ACAAAAUCUUAUAUUUAAGGAAUAAGAUAAGAAAAUAUCUCUUCUUCCUGAAACUAUCAGAAGAAAAAAAAAAAAAGAAAACAACCAAGAAACAAUGAGUUAUUACAAUCAGCAACAGCCUCCCGUUGGUGUUCCUCCUCCUCAAGGUUAUCCACCAGAAGGAUAUCCUAAGGAUGCUUAUCCACCACCGGGAUAUCCCCCGCAAGGAUAUCCUCAGGGUUAUCCUUCUCAGGGUUACCCUCCUCCCUAUGCCCCUCAAUAUGCUCAGCCUCCUCCCCAGCAACAGCAGAGUUCUAGUACUGGUUUGUUAGAAGGCUGUUUGGCUGCUCUGUGCUGUUGCUGCCUGCUGGAUGCCUGCUUUUGACGUGCCAAGUUUGCCAGCUUAUAUUGAAUUGAAGUUGAAUCAAAUGGCAUAUUCCAAUUUUAAAUGUUUCUCAUUGUCGCCUGUUUAAUUUUCACGUCUCUUUCUCUGGUCGGAUUGUCUAUCUUAUUUAAUAAUUGAACCUUUUGUUUGGAAUUGAACUCUUGUUAUAUAGUAGCAGUAGUACUUUGGAAAUAUUUGAGCCUUCUUAAUUCCUUUUUCAUUGUUUCGGGAAAUGUAAGGUUGGAAAAAGGAAUUUAUCGUGCUCGCCGGGUGUGUAAAAGAACAGAAAAAACCGAAAAUUAUUUGUUUUCUAUUUGUAACAUAGCUGGUUGGCGUUUGUUUUUAUUGUAUCCUCCGGGUGUUUGGGGGCACAGGCUGGAUGUAAUAAAUUUUUUUAGGUAACUGUGCUUGACUUAGGCCCUAUUUGAAUUCAAACGAACCUCGGUUGAGA